GACAUAUCUUGUCUCAAAGUCAUGCCAUGCUCUGGCGGCUUCUGGUUUUGCCUGCAGCGGCAGGUGCGAGUCUGCAGAUAGAGUUCCAGGGUCAGGACACGGUGGUGCGGAAUGGCUCGGCCAUUGUCUUCACAACCAGCGUGGACGAUACAUCCUCAGGCUCCGACACAGAUGCAGACAUUACAGGCGACGAGGAAUUCUUCCGGGGGUGUCUCUGGACCUACAGACAGCAGGUAUCUCUGUGUCAGGGAGGCGCCUGCGGUGAAGCAGAGAUCAUGGCGCACGACCUGCAGCGGCAGCUGUUGGCCUUCUACGCGGAGAGGCGCCGUGCGCCGCCCUUGGAGGAGGCGGCCUGGCUGGCCUUGGGCUCGCCGGAGCAGCGGCGGGAGAUCUUUGAUAGCUGCCCGGGCCUGCUGAUCUCGGUGCUGUUUUUGAUGGCGGAGGCCCUGGACUCGGUGGGCCAGGGCGCGGCUUAUGCGCGGGAGGCUCAGCAGCUGGCGGCGCAGGCGCCGGAAGAAGAGUUCGAGAUGAUGCUCACCAUGUUUCCGGUGAGAGAGGCAUGGGCUGGCUAUCAGCAGCUGGCGGCCCUUCCCCGCAGGGAUGUUUCGGUAGACCUGGUGAUUGCCCGCUGUAAGUCCCCACUGCAGUGGCUAUGGGAGUUUGAGUUCCCUCGGACCAGGGUCUUGAUCUUCGACAAGUGCGACCGUGGCACGGAGGAUUUCAAGUCGCAAACGUCAGGUUUGGGUGAAGCCCUCCCGGAGCUCCACGUGGUGCGCGAGGAGGGGCCACUGAUGACCGGGGAGUGCACCGCCUACUUGCGGUACCUUCAAAACCGGGACUUCGCAGACUUCGCCAUCUUCCUGCAUGAUGAUGCCCCGCGUCACAUCCGCUUGUCAAUGCUCUCGCUGGUGCUGAGGUCCAUGCAGCACGGCGCAUUCGAGGUGCCGUUCCUGCAUCUCACGCAUGAGCGCUACCCUGCCUUCUCCACGCCUUGCUUCAAGCAGGUGUAUCGGCAGGCCAUGGGUGAGGAAUUGGUCGGGCGCCUGGCAACCUACUGCUGCAGCCACUUUGUGGUGAGCCGCCGGCGCAUGGAGGCCCGCACGGCCGCCUUCUAUGACCGCAUCUUCCAGAUGGUUUCCACGGCCUCUUAUGGAUUGGAGAGUGGGGGCGUGUGCAAGGUUGGCAAGAAACCCUGCUACGUCCUGGAGUUCUUGUGGCACGCCAUCUUCGGAGAGCCGGCGGACAUGCCUCCUCGCAGCGAGAACGAGCACCUGCCACUGGCCUUUCGCUAUGAGGGCGGCCGGUCCUCUCGGCUGCCAUCGCCGCUCAGGGUAGCUCCCUACAUGGCUCUCUUCCAGCAAGGUCGCUACUCGCGGCAGCUUAUGGCUAGCGAGGUGGCCUAAAGUUGUACCUCGAAAA